ACGAGAAUCACGAGUGAAGUUUUUAUUUAUCAUUGGCAAGCGUGCAGACGAUUAAGAAGAUCGAAAAAUGAGCGUAGCUCUCGUAACAAUGGAUUCCGCGUACGGCCUUCGACUUGGGAUCGGCAGCCACCAUCACCACCAUCACCAUCACCAUCACCGGGUACGUUCACCCGAGAGUCACGUGAUCCCUCGCCAACAGGAUCAGCAGCAGGAUCACAAAGAUGAUAUCGAAACGCCGUUAAGAUUCAGCGUGGUAAAUAUCCUGAGACCUGAUUUCGGCCGGGAAGCGAUUCUAAAUACGAAAGCCCCGAAACAGACCGCUCUGUCGGUGUCCGGACACCCGACCACGACGAUUCCAGUCCCGAUUCCACGUCACAGCCCUCUUUCUCUACCACGUGAUUUGAGCCUGUCAUCGAACCGAUUAUCCCCGACAAGGCCGCAACCCAACAGUUUCUCGGUGCACAGAGACAGGGAUUUGUUUUCGUCCCACUGCGGACUCACGUCACCUCUUCAGAGGAACAGCAACGGUCUCAGCAGAAGCGGAAGUCUCGAGAGUUUAGCGAGCAGUAGGAGUUCCGUCACCGGAAGCUCGGUAACCGGGGCACCUUCCUUGGGCUCCACAUCCUCCACCAUAGGCAGCGACUCUUUGAGCGGAGACAGCACGUCCGGAAGCACGUCUAAUACCGCUACCAAUCAAACCGGGCUCAACGGCCAGAGUCCUUGGCCCGCGUGGGUUUAUUGUACCAGAUACUCGGACAGGCCAUCUUCCGGACCGCGAACGAGACGGGUGAAACGGUCGCACAACGGGAAGAAUGGCUCGCCGGAAGAGAAGCGGCCAAGAACAGCGUUCAGCGCGGAACAACUGGCAAGAUUGAAGAGGGAAUUCGCGGAAAAUCGAUACCUGACCGAGAGAAGGAGGCAACAACUCUCGAGAGAUCUGGGAUUGAACGAGGCGCAGAUCAAGAUCUGGUUCCAAAACAAAAGAGCAAAAAUCAAAAAGGCGAGCGGGCAGAAAAAUCCGCUCGCUCUACAAUUGAUGGCCCAAGGCCUGUACAAUCACUCGACGGUCCCCGUUGACGAGGAUGGGGAGGAAAUCGUGACUGGAAACAAUCAUUCGCAUUAAUCGACCAAGACAAUCAUGGUCGCGAAUCCUGAGAGAAACUUUCAUUUCCAAACUGAUCAAAAUAAUUAAAGAAGGAAUCACGAUGAUUGUCGAAAAACUUGGAAACUUGGGCUAGAAUGGAGGUAGAAAACGCGUGUUUAACGAUAUUUUAACUGGUUUUCGACAUUUACCGAUCGACGCGAUAAGAUCUUGGUCUACUUCUUAGCUGCAUUACUAGCGAUUACCAAAUAAUUUUCUUUUUUACGAUUAGUUUAACGAUAAAUAAGCAGCAAUGAAUCUCGAAUCACGAGUAAAAUCUCGGGCGAUUUGUAGAUUGGAAAGAGAGAGAGAGAGAGAGAGAGAAGAGAGAGGAAGCGGAAAGUUCGACGUUCGUUAUUUUGUACGAUCGUCAUAGCCGCAGACUGAACCCAUUAUAUUUAUCGACUAUAUGCAUAUCAGCAUAGAUACGAUUCUAGUAAGUACACACGAGUUCGCGGAGUACGAUCAUUAUCGAUUAGACGUUUAAAUUAUUUAUUUUCUUUGUAUAUAAUUGUAAAUACGAAUGUACGGUCGUUAAUGUGUAUAUGUAUGAUACAAGAUAAUCUUUAAUUGCCGCGCGAAAGAUUAUAUUAUUGCGUAUGUAUGGAGCUGCACACGGUCGCGUGAAUACGAAAAGAUCUCACAUUGUAUAUUCCUAAUUACGUAUAUAUAUAUAUAUAUAGUAGAUCUUUAUAUACAUAUACUAUAUACAUAUAUUAUAGCCGUGUAGACAGACUUGGAAAGUAUGCGUAUAUACCAGUGUCUCACAAUACAGUGGUCGAUAUAAUCUAUGUAACCCGCUUACAUGUUGCCACCGAUUAAAUCGAAUUAAAAAUA